AUGUCUUUCAAUCUUCUCGUCUUCCUUGGGGUGGUGGUUCUUGCCACUCCCUCCCUCGCUGAGCUCAAACUGCCCAUCCACAAACCACCAUAUCACAAGCCGCCAGUUUCCGACAUAGAUAAUCACCACAAGCCACCAGUGCACAAACCACCCGUUCACAAACCACCUCCCUACCACAAGCCCCCUGUAGAGGAACUAGGAGGUCACUACAAACCCCCCGUUCACAAGCCACCAGUGCACAAACCACCCGUGCACAAACCACCAGUAAAUGAAUUAGAAGGUCACUACAAACCCCCGGUUCACAAACCACCUGGUCACAAACACCCUCCAGUUUAUGAACCAGAAGAAUAUCAUAAACCAGAAGAAUAUCAUAAACCGCCAUUUCACAAGCCACCAGUACAUAAGCCACCCCCGGUUCAUGACACCGAAGAACAUCACAAACCGCCAUUUCACAAGCCACCAGUACACAAACCUCCUACUGAAACUAUCGAAGGCUUUAAUAAUCCCGAGGGACUGAAGCCACCAACAAAAGAACACAAGCCUCCGCACCUUCCACCAAUCAUUGUGAGGCCACCACCGACUCACAAGCCUUCACCUCCAAAGGGUCACCAUCCGGGAUCGGGACAUCCGUAA